GUAGCUCUCCUUGCAUUGCAGAGUUCAGUGUAACAAAGACACUGAAGCUACAGCCUACAGAGAGAGAGUAUCUGGAUACUUAAUUGUGUGCUUAGCUUGCGGUUAAGCAAUGGCUUAUUCCAGGCAAAUCUUCGUCUGCUCUGCCAUGGCUGCGUUGCUCUUCUCUGCUGUUGUUUCGGCGCAGCUCUCCACUGAUUUCUACGACGAGACAUGCCCCGACGCGCUCGACAUCAUCGAAUCUGCCGUCAGAGACGCCGUUUCCAAGGAGUCUCGCAUGGGAGCUUCGCUGCUGCGCCUCCAUUUCCACGACUGCUUUGUCAAUGGGUGUGACGGGUCAGUGCUGCUCGACGACACGGCGGCCAUCACCGGCGAGAAGAACGCGAAGCCGAACAAGAACUCCCUCCGCGGCUUCGAGGUCGUCGACGACAUCAAGUCGCAGCUCGAGGACGCCUGCGAGCAGGUCGUCUCCUGCGCCGACAUCCUCGCCGUCGCCGCCCGCGACUCCGUCGUCGCCCUGGGCGGGCCGACGUGGGACGUCGAGCUGGGCCGGCGAGACGGGACGACGGCGAGCCUGGACGCGGCGAACAACGACCUCCCGCCGCCGACGUCCGACCUCGCCGACCUGAUCAAGUCCUUCUCCGACAAGGGCCUGACGGCGAGCGACAUGAUCGCGCUGUCGGGCGCGCACACCAUCGGGCAAGCCAGGUGCACCAACUUUCGCGGCCGCCUCUACAACGAGACCAACCUCGACGCCACCCUCGCCACCUCGCUGAAGCCGAGUUGCCCCAACCCCACCGGCGGCGACGACAACACGGCGCCGCUCGACCCGGCCACCUCCUACGUGUUCGACAACUUCUACUACAGGAACCUCCUGAGGAACAAGGGCCUUCUGCACUCGGACCAGCAGCUGUUCAGCGGCGGCUCCGCCGACGCGCAGACCACCGCCUACGCCACCGACAUGGCCGGCUUCUUCGACGACUUCCGUGGCGCCAUGGUGAAGAUGGGCGGCAUCGGCGUCGUCACCGGCUCCGGUGGCCAGGUCAGGGUUAACUGCAGGAAGGUCAAUUAAAGUGGUUGAUACCGUGAUCAGUGUUAAUGUGGUUGGUUAGUGUCAGGUUUCUUAAUACCGUGAUCAGUGUUAAUGUGGUUUGUACAAGUGUUCUUCUUUCCUUCAGCGAUGUAGUCUGCUUCGAACGGUUGUAGCACUACUAUACGCAAAAAUAAUCUGAUGAAGGAACAAAGACUGGUUCCUACUGAAAAAUCGUGUUGCACAAGACCUUGUUUUACUGGAAUUAUUAUGUUUGUAAUCAAAUAGAGAUAACUAGAAAUGAGAUGACACAGUUGCAUGGGAA